AUGGUGUCCUGCAAGGCUAUGGCUGUCCUGCUCAUGGUGCACAUGGCUGCCAUGCUGGCCUCCCAGACAGAAGCCUUCAUGCCCAUCUUCACGUAUAGCGAGCUCCAGAGGAUGCAGGAAAAGGAGCAGCACAGAGGACAAAAGAAAUCCCUGAGUGUGCAGCAGAGAUCUGAGGAGGUGGGCCCACUGGACCAUGCAGAGAAUGAAGACAACCAAGCCAUCAGGCUGACUGCUCCUGUGGAAAUUGGAAUAAGGAUGAACUCCAGGCAGCUGGAAAAGUACCGAGCCGCCCUGGAACGGCUGCUGAAUGAGGCGCUGCUGUCCACCCAGAACACGGCCAAGUGAUACUCCAGGAAGCAGCAACAGGAGCUGGGGGGCCCCUCCCUCCCUCCUCCCCUCCCAGGGGCCCAGAAACCUGCCUGGACCAUCAGUUGGGCUCAGGAAGCAAAGAGCCUCUCUCAAGUGAACCCCGUCCAGCAAAUAAAGCAUGAGUGAA